GUGCGUCGGCCAACACUCUGCAGUCGCUGACGGACGCCAUGCACAUCCCGCACCUCUUCGUGCAGCGUAACGGCGACGGGACCCCGCGCACGGCCUGCCAGCUGAACCCCAGCCCCGACGGGGAGCGCUACACGCUAGCCGCGCGGCCGCCCGUACGCCUUAACGACGUCAUGCUAGCGCUGGUCGGAGAGCUGCACUGGCACAAGUUCAUCGUCUUCUACGACAGCGAGUACGAUAUCCGUGGGCUGCAGACCUUUCUGGACCAGGGGUCUCGUCGGGGUCUGGACGUGUCUCUGCAGAUGGUGGACCGCAACGUGAGCAAGGUGUUCUCCACGCUCUUCAGCACCAUGAGGACGGAGGAGCUGAAUCGCUACAGGGACACCCUGCGCCGCGCCAUACUGCUACUCAGCCCCGAGUCCGCCAAGAGCUUCAUAGCACAGGCAGUUGAAACUAACCUGGCGUCCAAGGACAGCCACUGGGUCUACGCCAAUGAGGAGGUGAGUGAUGCUGAGAAGAUGGACCUGGUGUACCUGGCCCUGGGCAGAAUGACCAUCAUCCGGCAGGUCUUCCCCCUGCUGCGCGACACCAACAUCCGCUGCAUGCGCAACAACCACCGCAUCUCCUCCCUACCCUGCGACUCCCAGGAAGGAUACCUGCAAUCUCUCGAGGUGUCCAACCUGUACCUUUACGACAGCGUGUUGAUGUUGGCCAACGCCUUCUACAGGAAGUUGGAGGACAGGAAGUGGCACAGCAUGGCGAGCCUCAACUGCAUGAGGAAGUCCACCAAGCCCUGGAACGGCGGCUGGUCCAUGCUCGACACCAUACAGAAGGGCCGCAUCACGGGCCUCACGGGGACGAUGGAUUUCCGCAGCAACGGCGCCAACUCCCACGUGCAGUUUGAGAUUUGGGGGACGAGCUACAGCGAGACCUUUGGGAAGGUCCCCCAACGGUUGGCUACGUGGGACUCCAGCCGCGGCCUGAAUGGCAGCCUGAAGGAGAACAGGGUGGAGAGCAGCAUGCACGGCGUCACUCUGAAGGUCGUCACUCUACUGGAGGAGCCGUUUGUCAUGGUGGCAGAGAACAUUCUGGGCCAAACGAAACGUUACAAGGGGUUUUCCAUGGACGUGCUGGAUGCGCUGUCCAGGAUCCUGGGCUUCAAGUAUGACAUCUACCAGGUGGAGGACGGCAAGUACGGCUCCCCUCUCCCCAACGGCUCCUGGAACGGCAUGAUUGGAGAACUCAUCGAGAAGAAAGCAGACGUGGCCAUCUCUGCCAUCACCAUCACCCCGGAGCGCGAGGGCGUGAUUGACUUCAGCAAGCGCUACCUGGACUACUCCGUGGGCAUCCUGAUGCGCAAGUCGCAGGAGAACAUCAACAUCUUCUCGCUGCUGGCGCCCUUUGACCUGGCCGUGUGGGCCUGCAUCGCCGCCGCCAUCCCCGUGGUGGGCGUCAUGAUCUUCCUGCUGCGCCGUGUCCAAUCAGCUCGCUCGCAGACCCUGCCGGGGCCACACACACACCCGCCACCCUCCGUCACCACGUCGCUGCAGAGCGCCGUCUGGAUCGUCUACGGGGCCUUCAUGCAGCAAGGCGGUGACUCCAUCAUGAGUUCGGUGGCGUUGCGGAUCGUCAUGGGCAGCUGGUGGCUCUUCACCCUGAUCGUCUGCUCGUCCUACACGGCUAACCUGGCCGCCUACCUCACCGUCUCACGCAUGGACAACGCCGUCAGGAGCUUCCAGGACCUGUCCAAGCAGAUAGAUCUGUCCUAUGGCACAGUAAGGGACUCAGCGGUGUUCGAGUACUUCCGGGUCAAAGGUACCAACCCCCUGGAGCAGGACAACACCUUCUCCGAGCUGUGGAGGACAAUCAACAAGAACCAGGGACAGGACAACUCCGUAGCAACCCCAGAAGACGGCAUCCUCAGGGCUAAGACACAGCCCUAUGCUUUCCUAUGGGACAUGGCCGUAGUGGAGUACGCCGCCCUGACAGACAGUGACUGUGGCUUCACGGUCCGAGGGAACACGAUCUCCAGCAAGGGAUAUGGCCUGGCCCUGCAGCACGGGAGCCCCUACAGAGACCUCUUCUCUCAGAAGAUCCUGGAGCUGCAGGAGAAGGGGGAGCUGGACAUCCUGAAGCAGAAGUGGUGGCCUCGUAAGGGCCGCUGUGACCUGGACGUCCAGGCCGAGCCCCAGGCGGAGGGCCGUGCGCUGCGGCUGCAGAGCUUCGCAGGCGUCUUCUGCAUCCUGGCGGCCGGGCUGCUACUCGCCUGCCUGGUGGCCGCCCUCGAGACAUUCUGGAACAGCCAGCGAUGCAGACGAGCUGCACAACCCAAAGAGGUGGACGAGAGUGAGGCGGAGACCAUGAGCGUGACGGUGAGCGCCAGUGUGAGCGCAGAUCCGAGGCCCCAACACAUGCCCCUGCCCUGUUCCAGAACCCUGCCCUGUUCCAGAACCCUGCCCCGUUCCAGAACCCGAACCUCCCCGUCGCCAUGGCACCACGACUGUGGGGGCACUGCCACACUCUACUUCAUGGAUCCAGACGCUUCAGACGACAAGGAGAUGAACCUGGAGCAGGUGCACCAGCGUUUAAGCAGCCUCCUGGACGACGACCUAGCGCACAAGCAGCUGCCGGGCACGGCCAGGGGCAGCCAGUCUAUGGAGAUCUCUGCGCUGGACAUCGGCAGCAGCAGCGUGCCGCCCUGUCAGAGCCCCCUGGAGGUUGCUGCUGCGCGGGACUUCCCGGGGGCCUCACUGGGGGGAUCGAGGGCGGGGGUGGCGGCAGUGCUGGGGGGGUCGGUGGGGUCGGCCCGGGGUCUGUCUGUGAGCACCUUCCUGCAAGAGGGACCUGGGGCCGGCAGCAGCAGCAGCAGCCGGGGCCCUGGAGGCCGGACGGUGCAGCUACCCCUCACCAGCUCCACGUUGCCCCCGUCUAUCCGCUGCAAGCACAGGGCGCCCAACGGAGGUCUGUUCCCUCAGAGUCCACUGAAGACUCCCAUGCCCUUGCCCUACCAGUCAGUGCCCGGUCGACCCAUCAUCCCCGAAGCCAUUGAGCCCGGACCUGGACACCCCAGCCACGGCACCUCCAUCUGAGGACUAGGAGGAGGGUCAUCAUGAGGCUUCAGGGGUACCACAGGGACUCCACUUCUGAACCUCAUUGGCCUGGACCUGGACCUGAACCAGAAUCUAAACCUGGUGGCCAAUCAGAGACUGUUGGAAUCUUCUGCUGUCCUGGUCUUUGGCCAAUCAAAUCAGACACUCUCUCUGGAGGAGGGGUUAAAAAAAAACAUCUAAAAAAACAAAAACAAAAGAAGGCUGGGUGGGGCGGUUGGGGGGCGGGCUUUGUGGAGGAGGUGGUCAUGACUUGAGGGUUCGUCUUUAAAAAAAAGAACAAAAAAUAGGAAGUUACACAAGAAGAUAUCAGAUUUUUUUUUAAACUCGCUGUUUCAAAUGCAGAACAGAGAGCAGACAUUUUACGUGUACAUAUGUAAAUAACAAGAGACCGAGGUGAGUAAAAGUGUAUUUUGAAUAUUCUUAAUUUUUUGAAAGUUAAGUUUAAAAAUAUUAAAAUAUAUGAAAAGAC